AGAGUUUGGCCUUGUCUUCCCAAAAACCCUAUGCUACAGCGGGAGAGGGAGUGAACCCCUCCACCUCCGUCCGCCGCCGCCGCCAUGGCGCUCCGCGGCAUCACCCCCCGGAGAAGACCCCUCCUCCCUGUCCCCCGUGCCUUCUUCUCCUCGAACCCGCCCUUCCCUCCGCCCCCGCCACCAGCCAACGGCCCCGACGCCGCCCACCCCCUCCCCUCCUCUCCGCAAUCCAACCCCGGCGCGCCGCCGCGGGAUUCGGCGUCCGCGCUCUUCCAGGACAUCCGAGAGCGCCUCCGCGUGUCGCCCAGGUCGCCCCCUCCGCGUCGGAUCCCGAUGAACCACUCUCCAAAGGAGCUCCCCGAUGUCCGCCAGGCCCUCGAGUCCUUCCGCAGAUCCGGCGGCCUGACCUCCCCCUCCACUCCCGGAGCCUCCCCCUCCACUCCCGGAGCCACCCCAUCCUUCAUGGACUUGCUCAAGAACCAGCGUCCCAAUACUGGGCAGGGUUUGGGCAGCUUCGAUCCCAUCAGAGGGAGCCUCAAGGGCGCCUUGCCGGCGCAGCAGAGGCAGCCCCUUCAGCCGACGCCGUUUUUGUCCCAUAAGUCGGACAUCUUCAAGAAGGAGCUAGAGAGAGGCGGGAAGGCUGGGGAAGAAGAGGAGAAGGAUUCUGGCACCACGCUUAUGAGGGUCUACAGCUACGAGGAUCUUGGGAAAAGGCUAGGGGACCUGCGGCCAGCGGGCGCGGUCAAGGACGGUAAGGAGUGGUUCUCGCUCGAGGAGCUGCAGGGGCGGAUCGCCAAGCUUGUGGAGUUGGAGAAGCAGGAGCAUCGGCUUGGUGCGAAGUUCGCUGUAAUCCGGAAAAGCAUCUUAAAUCUCAAGCAACCAGAAAAAACGGUUCAGGGUCAGGGGGUACACCUGCAAACAAUGCUGAGCCUUGGGGGGCAGAUGACACCAGACUACACGCGACUGCCUCCGCAGGAGGAGUUGGUGGAGAGGUAUUUCCAUCCAGACCAUAUGUCAUCCGAAGAGAAGAUGAAACUGGAGCUCCAAAGGGUGAGGGACGAGUUCAAGAUGUCCGAGAAUGACUGUGGUUCUGCACGAGUUCAAAUUGCCCAACUGACUCUGAAAAUCAAGCAUUUGUCAGCUGUUCUACACAAGAAGGAUAAACAUUCUAGAAAGGGGCUUCAAGAGAUGGUCCAAAGGAGGAAGAAGUACCUCAAAUACUUGAGAAGAACCGAUUGGGACUCUUACUGCCUUGUUCUGUCAAAGCUGGGGCUUCGCGAUGUGCCUGAGUACAAAGCUCCUGACUACAAGAGCAAGCCCACCACCAAGGCCAAAUCCAAGAAGAACAAGAGCAAGAGAAAGAAGAGAAAGAUGAAGGCAUAGAAGUGAACAAACAUGCCCUUUUCGGCGUUGAAUUGCAUGGCCAGAAAUCAAUCGAAAAGACGCACGGGCCCGAGAUGGCUCAACCCAGUCUUGCAAUGUUGUAUUUUUCAACCCGUUGUAAUAACCAUUUCCUUUGGGUGCCAAGGUUUUUCCUUGUUUUUGCUAGGAGCUGCAGCCUUCCUGUAACAACUGAUUUCUUGUUACUUUUGAGUUCUCCCGCUCAAUUUGCUAGGAAGGGUAGGGGGGACAGACACGAUACCAUUACGGCAUUGUCAGUUAUACCUGUCUUAUGAUGCUGUUUGAUGUAAUUUGUCAGAAUUCUUGCACAGGAACGAAUAAACAAUCUUGCAAAUUUUAGCA